CAACAUACUGCCUCAUCUAGCUAUUGUAGCUGGCAUGCCCGUCUUCUUGGGCAAUCGUCCGAUCGGAGGGUCAAGCGAGUACACUGCCGUGAAGCAUGACGAACACAGCAGCGACGAAAUCAGCACAUAUCAGCCUUGCGAGCAUACUAUCGAAGAAAGUCCGACAACCACUGGUCAGAUCUCCAGCAACGUAGAAGAGACCAAAACAUCCGAUCACCAAGAAUGCGGAUCAAGUGAACGAUCACGCGAAGAGGCAGGAGGCAGGAGUAUUGUGUCAACAAUCGCUGGCUGGCCACAGAGCCCUUGCCGGCUCGAUCGGUUUUCAGUCCCUCUCCUUGUUGGAGAUGUGCUGUUGAUCCUUCUCCCUGUUGCGUUUCUGGUCCUGGCGAUUACUGCCUGGCGACUUGACGGCGAGCCACUUUCGAAGACCGUUCUGACUGUAGAACGCGCCAUGACUCUUGGCCCUACCGUCUUCCCUCUCGCAUUUGCUGCAAUCGGUAGUCGUUGUCUGAGAGGCGUGGCAAUCUACCUUGCCGAGAGAGGAACUUCGAUAACAACAGGUGCUCGAUUACUAGGCAGCCAGAGCGUUGUGUCUGCCGUGGGAACUGCCUUUACCCUGCGAUCUGUCAACCUGAUCACUAUAGCGCUUCUUUUGCUCUGGGCCCUUUCACCUCUAGGAGGACAGAGCUCACUACGACUGCUAAUCGAAUCUAACAAAACAAUGUCUCACACAGGCACUGUGUAUUAUUCCGAUCCAGCAGCCACCAUGGACCUUGACGAGUCAUGGAACUGGUUUUCACUCAUACCGACAGUACUUGGAGCCAGUCUUGCCGUUUCCGAAGAUGUUAAGAGCAGGCCCGUUGACUUAUGGGGCCAUCCAAAGAUCCCGAGAGUUGAUCUCAUAGAACAGAAUGCCAGAAGCAAGGUCGACAUUGAGGGCGAAUGGAUACCUGUAAACACCACAGACAGAACCUAUCCUUCAUGGACUGGCAUUAAUGUACAAGGAAUCUUCCCCGACAUGCACGCUACAUUCCAGGUAAAGGCUAAUUACUUGGUUCUUGAUUGCGAAAAACUCUUCGGCGGCAACUCAUCGGCAGUUGUGACAUACUUGCAGGACCCAAACAUCUCGAUGUACCCGAAUCUCUGGCCAAGGAACCCAGACAAUUAUACCUUGGAAGAACUCGAGAAAGAUGCAUCCCGCAAUCCCCCGAAGUCUUUCAUCCAGAUCCAUUCAUGUACGCCCAAGAUAGUGACUGUAGACGCACGCGUCGAAUGUCAGUCAGGCGAUUGCGAGGUCACACAAGUUCGCAGUAGCCCAAGUGCUCCUAAUAGCGUAUGCCAUACGGGGCUCGAAACAACAUUGGCUUGCUUAGAGAAGGGAACCAUAGGUUUACAUAAGUUCUUGAACUACUUCCCGAAAGCAGUCAGCGUAGGAUCUCUAGCAACCUCGAUGAAUCCGUAUGACGACUUCAUCGGUGGGGCAAAUGUAACUUAUCGAAAUAGCCGGACUGACUACACACGAGAUCUUAGACAGAUCCCCGACAAGACGAUAUCUGACCGCCUCACCACCGUUCUCAACACGUACUGGCAAGCUGGCGCCUGGGGCUUGCAAGUGAUGCGAGCAGGCCUGUUCGAUCUGCCAGUAUAUCCUUGGAACGGAUCUGAAAAUGAGCCGGAGCGCUUUGUCAACGUAACGGAAGCUACCUUCACGAGUCAGGUUGUGGUGUACAGAGCGAACGUUGGCUGGGUUGCCUAUCUGGUUCUCAUUGCGACCAUACUGCUUCUUCUCGCAGUAGGGAACGUGACCGUAUCCGCCUUAACAGUUGCCCCUGAUCUGUUCUACUACGCAUCUUCGCUAGCUCGCGAGAAUCCAUACACGAACACUCCAGAUGGUGGCACAGGGCUAGAUGGGGCCAAACGGAGUCGUCUGCUCAAAAACAUGAAGGUUCAGAUUGCCGAUGUUAGUCCAGAUCAUGAUAUAGGGUAA